GCGUACACACACGACGAGUACAUGCGUGCGUAGUGCGGUAAUAAGGGCUGGUGGUGAUGUCACGGCAGGGCACGCCUGGCCCUCGUGGAGGGGAGCGGUGUGCGCUCGUGCCCUGCGGGGAGGUACGACGGCGAAACGGACUGCGCAGCGGCACACGCGCAGUCCGACGCGCCGCGAGAGGAACUAAUCCAAGUACGUCUCGGAUUAUCGCUUCUCCUUUUCCUUUUUCUUUUUUUUUUUUUUGAGGGGGGGGGGUGGAGGUUUGUAUUAUCCCAAUCUCCACCGGAAGACGCGGCGGCACGCCUCCCCGCGUUGGUUAGGUACCCCGCCUGAGCCCCUCCUCCUCCUCCUCCUCCUCCUCCUCCUCAGUCGAUGAUGGUUCUUGAGGAAGAUGCCCCUGUCUGACCUUCGCCUCCGCUCAUCCGCACCGAAGCCCCUUGAAGCGCCGCCGGAGCGGCUCGGCCCCCGCCGCCGCUUCUCUUAGCUUCGCCCCCCCCCCCCUAACACCACCACCAGCACCACCAACACCACCCAACCCCCGGUUGUUUAUUUCUUCUUCUUUUUUUUCUCGCAUCGAAACACAGGUGCUCGCACCGCCGAACCAGCCCGUUAUUCAUCUUUUUAUUUUCUAAUCGAUUAAGACCGAGGCCGAUGCCCCUCGCUCUGUCCUCCCGGCUUGUAUUAUGGUGGACUUUCCAUCCCUCAGUCCCUACUGGCCUCUCAUCCGCUUUCUGGUGCCUUUGGCGAUCACCAAUAUUGCCAUCGACCUCGGAGAACAGGCCCUCAACAGGGGCAUAGCCACCGUCAAAGAGGAUGCCAUCGAAAUGCUGGCCAGCUACGGCCUGGCCUACUCCCUGAUGAAGUUCUUCACCGGGCCCAUGAGCGACUUCAAGAACGUGGGUCUGGUGUUCGUCAACAGCCGCAGGGACCGGAGGAAGGCCGUGCUCUGCAUGGUGACGGCCGGGGUCAUCGCGUUCGUCCUCCACAUCCUGAUAGCGUACACGGAUUUAGGAUACUACAUCAUCAACAAGCUCCACCACGUGGACGACUCUGUCGGGGGGAAGACGAGAAAGGCUUUCUUGUACCUGGCCGCGUUCCCCCUGCUGGAUGCCAUGGCCUGGAUUCACGCCGGGAUACUCCUCAAGCACAAGUACAGCGUCAUCGUGGGCUCCGCCUCCAUCUCCGAUGUUGUGGUCCAGAUUGUGUUCGUGGCCAUCCUCCUCCACAGUAACCUGGAGUGCGUGGAGCCCCUGCUCAUCCCCAUCCUCUCCCUGUACAUGGGUGCCUUGGUCCGUUUCACCAUCGUCGGCCUGGGCUACUACUGCAACAUUCACGACAACAUCCCGGACUCCAGUGGACUGGAUGUGGGCGGUGAUGCCACUAUCAAAAAGAUGCUGAGUUUCUGGUGGCCCCUCGCCCUCAUCCUGGCCACUCAGCGCAUCAGCCGACCCAUCGUCAACCUCUUUGUGUCCCGCGACCUCAAAGGGACGGCCGACGCCACGGAGGCCGUGGCCGUCCUCACGGCCACGUACCCCGUGGGUCACAUGCCCUACGGCUGGCUGACCGAACUGAGGGCCGUGUACCCGGCCUUCGACAAGAACAAUCCCAGCAACAAGCUGAACGCCGGCACCCCGGUCACCAAGUCGCACAUUAAAAAGUUCACCUCCUGCUGUGUGGCUCUAUCACUCACGCUUUGCUUUGCAGUGUUUUGGACUCCUAACUUCUCCGAGAAGAUCCUGGUGGACGUCAUCGGGGUGGACUACGCCUUCGCCGAUCUCUGCGUGGUCCCGCUCCGCAUCUUCUCCUUUUUCCCCGUGCCAGUAACCGCUCGGGCUCAUUUGACUGGAUGGCUCAUGACCCUGAAAAAGACCUUUGUGCUGGCCCCCAGCUCUGUUCUCCGCAUCAUUGUCCUCAUCACCAGUCUAGUGGUGCUGCCUUAUAUGGGGGUUCACGGGGCCACGCUCGGGGUUGGAUCCCUCCUGGCCGGCUUCGUGGGAGAGUCGACAAUGGUUGCCAUAGCAGCGUGCUAUGUUUACCGACAACAGAAAAACAACGAGAUGUCCAACGAUCUGGUGGUGGAGGGCGAGGACGCCGCCCCGAUGAGCGAGGUGUGCUCCAGGACUCAGAUGGACGCCAUCGAGGAGCUCGCGGAGGAGGAAGAGGAGGAGGAGGAGGAAGAGGGGCGGCAGUGAAAUCUCGACUGCACGGGGAAGGUGGAAUCCUGCUGAUGAAGAGACUGCCGAGUGUCACAGUGCCGGAGGGAAGAGGAGAGGGGGGGGGGGGGGGGGCCCGGGUAUGGUUUGGUUUCAGAGUCCCCCCCCCGACAGGCCGAGUCAGAGGGACGAGGUCUUCUUCACGCCGCUUAAAACGCACAUUGUAAAGAAAGCCAUGCACCUCCGAGUGUUCAUUGAUGCGUGUAAAUACCGUGACGUCUUCCGAAACCUUUUCCUCCGUUCUCAUAGUUUCCCGUUAUCAUAUCUGCUGGUGUAUUAAUCACUUUCACGUGUUUACUGCUGAACCCGGGGGGGGGGGGGGGGGGCGACACGGGGAGAGGCAAAGAUGAAACGUCUGUCGAGUGGUAGUGGAGUUGCCUAAAUGCAAAGGUCAUUAUUUUAUGUUACUUUAUCAAAAAAAUUAUGCGGCAAGGCCUUGCUUGAGUUUAAAUAUAGAGAUGUUGUGGGACUUGUUGGGUUGUGCAAUCGUAUUUUACAUACAACGGUGUACAGAUUAUUGUUUUGUAUAGGUAACGCAGCGUGUACAUUGAAUCCCAGGUUAUACCAUUGCGUGUGUUACAGAAUACAGUUAUGAUCGUGCACUUCCCAUGCAGUCUGGGAGUCCAUCGACUUUGUUUUGGAAAGCACUUUCCAGGUUAUGUUCAGACUGUUGUACGUACUGUAUAUACUGUAUAGGCAUUCUUAUUUGGCAAAUAAAUUCCUUUAUUAUUAA